CCAUCUUCCCCAUCUCGCUGCCCGGCCUCCUCUGCCCCGGAAGCAGAUUCCCGUGCACUGGACGCGCGGCAGGUUUUUCCGGGGUCGCGACCUCCGCUCGCCGAGGUCCCUCCAGCUAAAGAUGGCGGCGUCGGCAGCGAGGGCCGCUGUGGCUCUGCGGGCCAAUACCAGCCGGACCGCUGCCUUUGUCAGGAAAAUCCCCUGGACCGCCUCUUCAAGUGAGCUGAGAGAACACUUUGCACAGUUUGGCCAUAUACGAAAGUGCAAUCUACCUUUUGACAGAGAGACUGGCUUUCACAGAGGUAUGGGUUGGGUUCACUUUUCUUCAGAAGAAGAACUUCAGAAUGCACUACAACAUGAUAGUCAUGUUAUUGAUGGAGUAAAACUCCAAGUUCAAGCUCAGAGACGAAAAGUUUUGCAAGGGGAUCAAACAUCUGAUGAAGAGAAAGAUUUUUAAUACUAUUACUACCUAUUAAAUAAAGGAACAAAACUGAAAA